CCAGGGGUGUCCUCCUCUUCCCUGAGGGACUGGAUGUCUACGCAGAUGGCCCUGUGGGCCUUAUCUCCGGUCAAGUUUGGGGCCCACACUGCCCCCUGCGGGGAGGUCCAGGCAUCCCCGGGUGCCUCCUCCCCAGCUACCAGGUGCUGGCUUUGCAGAGCUCCACCCUAGGGAGCGUGGAGGAGCUGGUGGAUGGAUUCACCUACUCCAUCUCCCUGGACCUGGGGCAGGCUGUCUACACCCCAGGACCCCGUUCCACACCUGGCAACCGGCCAGGGCCCUCCCUCGAGAGUGGCCAACAGGACCACUCCAGAGGGCCUGGAACGUUGUUCCCGGGGGCACCCCGUGCCUCUCCUUGCUCGCACCCCAGGGGGCUGGGGGCUCUCAGGUGAGCCACAAACCUCCCUCGUCCUGGUGGUUCCUGGGUUUCCCACUGACUAUAUCCCUGCUGCCCCCCUCAGCGAGAAGCUGAGCUAACUCUCUUUCGGAGUGAGCUCAACAUGAGCAGGGUUCCCCAGAUGGACGUGUGUAUGCAGACAAGGCGCACAGCAUGGGAGGAACGAGCUCCAAACACCAGCCGGAGCACUCCCGAGGACGCUGACCAGCCGACCACGGACCAGCGGCUCCCCCGGCCGUACUCCAGCCCCGUGGAAAUAAAGUUAAACCACUAUAUCGAGAAGCAAGGGAGGGAGGUCCACGUGAUCAAUGGCGGACGGCGUUCAUUCCCCGAGAAGGGCCAAGUCCUCCACCACUUGGUCCAGGAGGAGCACCUGGGGCCCACGGUGGCGGUGCUGGAAGACCCACGGCAGAGGCAGCUGGCUCCAGAGACACGGGGAGGGCCAGCUUCGUGGCUAGAGCCCAUCCAGGAGCUCCCUGAGACCCCUGUUCUGGAGAUACGGCCGGUGACACCUGCCUCAGCCCCUGCAGAGCUGGAGGAUGUCCCAGCAGUGGCCUCAGCCUCAGAGCCAGGCCCCGAGCUGGAGCCCUAUGAGCACACAGCAGAGCCCAACAGCCCCAAGAUGGGACAGGCUAGUCGCCUUCGUUUCUGGGAUUUAGAGGAGGUGCUCCGCUUCAUCUAUACCAGUGAGUGCAUACCCACCUGUGAGGGCCAAGUCCUCCACCGCUUGGUCCAGGAGGAGCACCUGGGGCCCACGGUGGCGGUGCUGGAAGACCCACGGCAGAUGCAGCUGGCUCCAGAGACACAGGGAGGGCCAGCUUCGUGGCUAGAGCCCGUCCAGGAGCUCCCUGAGACCCCUGUGCUGGAGCGACGGCCGGUGUCGCCUGCCUCAGCCCCUGCAGUGGCCUCAGCCCCGCUGGCAGGCCCUGAGCUGGAGCCCCAUGAGCCCACAGCAGAGCCCAGCAGGCCUUACCCCAGUCGCAGGAUGGGACGGGCUAGGCACGUUACCUGGCAGGACGAACAACUGGGGCCCACGGUUUCAGAGCUGGAAGACCCACGGCAGAGGCAGCUGGCCCCACAGAGACGGCGAAGGCCGACUCCGCGGAUAAAGCUCGUCCAGAGGCCCUAUGAGACCCGUGUGCCGAAGCUACGGCCGGUGUCACCUGAUUCAGCCCCUGCAGAGCUGGAGGAUGUCCAAGCAGUGACCUCAGACAUGGACCUUGUCCCGGAGCUGGAGCCCCAUGAGCCGUCGGGCUCGGGGCCCAUGGCAUCUGCAGGAAUGGCACCGGUCCUAGUAGAGCCAUACCCGGGCCCGGAGCCUGCCCACCCCUGUGCUGCGAGCACCUGGGAUGUGACAAGAAAGGAGGAGUGGACCAUCCUGGUGUUUCCCUCCCGCCUGGUGGCCGAGCAGCUGACCCUGGCCUUUGCGACGCUGUACAGCAGGAUAAACUAUUCUGAAUGCAAGGCCUACCUACAGAAGCAGUCACAGACGGGAGACAUUGAGCACCUGGCCCCCACCAUGCAUAGGGUCCUGAGGGAAUUUGACACCUUGGUUGAGUUGGUCACCACCACCUGCCUCAGGACGCCAAGCAUGACAGCCCAGGAUAGGGCCCGAGUGGUGGAAUUCUGGAUCCGGGUUGCCAAGGAGUGUCUGGCCCUCAGGAAUUUCGCGGCACUCCAUGCCAUUCUCUUGGCCCUGCAGAGUCGUGCCUUAGGUCGCCUGGAAAGGACCUGGGAACAUGUUUCCUGGAAGAGCACCAGGACGUAUAAAAACCUGACAAAGAAGGUCAAGUGGGUUACCAGGAAGCAUCUCCUCAAGGAGCUGGACUGUGUAUUGAGGGAAAGGCAGCGGGACCGCAUGGGACCCGAGGAGAGGAAGAGGAAGGGCAUGGUCCCCUACCUCGGACUGUUUCUUGCUGACCUGCCUAAAGAGAAACUCCUGGAGCAUAAUGAGGACGUCGCUACCCUCCAGGACGAGAUCAUGGUGCACAAGCACAUGGCCGCGGUGUACGACCUGGAGAGGGACGAGCACUUCAUGUCCUUUGUCCAGGCUGUGGAGCCCCUGGACGAGGAGCAGAGCUACACGCUGUCCUGCCAGCUGGAGCCCCCAGGCCAGAGGGCCGGCAGAAAGGGACUGUUACAGUUCCUCAGGUCCCACGUUUAAACGUCCUGGGCCAGGGCCAGCUGCUGUCAUCGGGCCCGCGGCCCUGCUGGUGUCCUGGCUGCAUGUGGAGGAGAGCUGCUUCCCCUUCGGGCAGGCGGCGCUUGGCGCCCCAGGACCCCAGUCUGUUUGCUGCUCCUCCUCCUCCCGCUGCUCAUC